GAUCGCCCUCCAGAGCCUCCCACUUAACUCCUUGCUGCUGAGGCCCUGCCCGCCCCACCCAGGGGUGGAGGCCCACCAGGAUGAGCAAACUGCCCGGCGAGCUGGCCCGAGACUUGGAGCGCAGCCUGCCAGCCGUGGCCUCCCUCGGCUCCUCGCUGUCGCACAGCCAGAGCUUCUCGUCACACUUCCUCCCGCCACCUCCAGAGAAGCGCCGGGCCAUCUCUGAUGUCCGCCGCACCUUCUGUCUCUUUGUCACCUUCGACCUGCUCUUCAUCUCCCUGCUCUGGAUAAUUGAGCUGAACACCAACACAGGCAUCCAGAAGAACCUGGAGCAGGAGAUUAUCCACUACAACUUUAAAACUUCUUUCUUUGACAUCUUUGUGCUGGCCUUCUUCCGCUUCUCCGGACUGCUCCUGGGCUACGCCGUGCUGCGGCUCCGGCACUGGUGGGUGAUUGCGGUUACUACACUGGUGUCCAGUGCUUUCCUCAUUGUCAAGGUCAUCCUCUCUGAGCUGCUCAGCAAAGGGGCAUUCGGCUACCUGCUCCCCAUUGUCUCCUUUGUCCUCGCCUGGCUGGAGACCUGGUUCCUUGACUUCAAAGUCCUACCCCAGGAGGCUGAGGAGGAGCGAUGGUAUCAUGCUGCCCGGGCCGCUGUCGCCCACGGACCCCUCCUGUUCUCGGGUGCCCUGUCCGAGGGCCAGUUCUAUUCACCCCCAGAAUCCUUUGCAGGGUCUGACAAUGACUCAGAUGAAGAAGUCGCUGGGAAGAAAAGUUUCUCUGCCCAGGAGCGGGAGUACGUCCGCCAGGGGAAGGAGGCCACAGCAGUGGUGGACCAGAUCCUGGCCCAGGAGGAGAACUGGAAGUUCGAGAAGAAUAACGAAUAUGGGGAUACUGUGUACACAAUCGAGGUUCCCUUUCACGGCAAGACAUUCGUCCUGAAGACCUUCCUGCCCUGCCCUGCGGAGCUGGUGUACCAGGAGGUGAUCCUGCAGCCCGAGCGGAUGGUGCUAUGGAACAAGACGGUGACCGCCUGCCAGAUCCUGCAGCGAGUAGAAGACAACACCCUCAUUUCCUACGACGUGUCUGCAGGGGCUGCAGGGGGUGUGGUCUCCCCCAGGGACUUUGUGAACGUGCGGCGCAUCGAGCGGCGCAGGGACCGAUACCUGUCCUCAGGCAUCGCCACCACCCACUGCGCCAAGCCCCCGACGCACAAAUACGUCAGGGGAGAGAAUGGUCCUGGGGGCUUCAUUGUGCUCAAGUCGGCCAGUAACCCCCGAGUCUGCACGUUCAUCUGGAUUCUUAACACAGAUCUCAAGGGCCGCCUGCCCCGGUACCUCGUCCACCAGAGCCUCGCGGCCACCAUGUUUGAAUUUGCCUUUCACCUGCGGCAGCGCGUCGGAGAGCUAGGGGCCCGGGCGUGACAGCGCCUCUUGCCAACCCUGCAGGCCAGGGUCCCGUUGCCACAGCCUCCAGAGCCAGAAAAGGGCCAGCUGGACUUCCUGCUGCCCACAUAGGACCUGGCUUCAGGUAGUGGGCAGUGUCUUGGUCCCAAGCUGCCACUCUGCACCAAGCCACACUGUGCCUGCGAGCCAUGGCUCUGAGCAGGGUGGGGGGCUGAGCAUUUGGACUCUGGGGCUCUGCCGGCUGAUGGAAGUGGCAUCUGUCCAGCUGAUGUUUUCAUGGUGCCCUUGCCUCCUGGAGGAGAAGAUCACGGUCCCCUACCUUGCCAGGGGCAGUGUCUGGGGUGGGAGCCUCAAACUUAGUUGGGGACGGCCAGGGCCCUGGGCAGGGCAGCCUGUCACCAGUGUUAAGGUGAAGGAGUUUUCAUCUGCCUGUUCUCGUCACGGUUUUUUAGGAUUAAAGGGUCUGGGACCUUUAUCCAUAUGAACUUAUGGGGGAGUGGGUGGCAGGUGGGGGGUGCUGGGUGCUGGCAGUGAACCUCUGCCUCUCCCAGGUUGUCCCCUUCCCCCCAGGGCCUCCUUGUGGACUUUGUAAUUUGAGCCAAUUAAAAAAAUGAACUAAG